UUUACUUACUCUGAACAACCGGUAAUAAUUUAGAGUAGCAAACCAACAAAAUUCGUAGGAAUAGGAGUAGGUAAUAAGCCUGCCAGCUGUUACCAUAUCACUCUUUCUUCUCUCCAUCUUCGUCUUUUUCUGCUACCUUCUGUUACUCAAUUAGGGUUUCCCUUUUCCGAUCCAUGCUUCAUUACUUCACAAUAACACCAACACGAUCUUAAGCUUGGAGUUUGAGAUAGUAGUCUAGUUCAUCUCUUUGUGCGGCCAUUUGGCUUUUCACCGGCGUCAAUUUGGUUAUCCCGUGUAAAAACUCAAUGUCACCGAAGGGCUAGGAAGUUAUGGGCAGCUAUCACGAUGCUAAUUAUUAUCCAGGUUCAUGGUGCUGUCGGCUAAUUUUUUUUGUCAUCUGGCUUCCUACUUUCUUAAAUGUGACAGCACAAGAAUCACAUGCCGACCAUAGGCGAACCACUUCACUAGUUGAGUUAGCUAAGGAACCCACUUCUGGAGAUUCUGGGCUCUUUGAACCCAUAGAAAUAUCACCUUCCGUUAUACCUAAAGUUCCAUUUCCCACCGAGUCUGUCCCACCAAUGUAUCCUAUUCCUUAUGUGCCAACCAGAUAUGAACCAGUUUUAACCGGUAAGUGCCCUGUAAACUUUUCACGACCUGAAAUUGCAAAUAUCCUCGAUAAAGCAGCAUAUGAUUGCUUUCAGCCUUUGGCAGCCCUUGUAGGGAAUGUUGUGUGUUGUCCACAGUUUAGUAGCUUAAUCCACAUCUUCCAGGGUUUCUUUGGCAUGAAAUCCGAUAAUCUGGUUUUGUCAAAUACAGUGGCUGAUCAUUGCUUCUCUGAUAUUGUUAGUAUUCUAGCUAGCAGAGGGGCAAAUAGUUCAUUACCCACACUUUGUUCUAUUAAAUCAUCUAAUCUUACAGGCGGGUCAUGCCCUGUGAAGGAUGAUUCUACUUUUGAAAAAACAGUAAACACAAGUAAAUUAGUUGAGGCCUGCAGAACUGUUGAUCCGCUUAAAGAGUGUUGCAGACCUGUUUGUCGGCCUGCAAUUAUGGAGGCAGCACUUCAGAUUUCUGGCCGACAAAUGAUGAUAAAUAGUGACAAUAUGGCUGGGGAAAUGAAUCACACUGAUUAUCUAAAUGAUUGUAAAGGUGUUGUUUAUUCUUAUCUUUCCAAACAAUUAUCAUCGGAGGCCGCAAAUAAAGCAUUCCGGAUAUUAUCUGCCUGCAAAGUCAACAAAGUUUGUCCUUUGACUUUUAAGGAGCCUUCAGAUGUAAUUGCUGUAUGUAAGAAUGUAGCUGCUCCUAGUCCUACCUGCUGCAGUUCGUUAAAUACAUAUAUUGCAGAGACACAACAAAAAAUAUUAAUUACCAAUAAACAAGCUAUAAUAUGUGCAACACAAUUUGGAUCUAUGUUACGUGGAGGUGGGGUGAUGACAAAUGUUUAUGAGCUUUGUGAUGUCGAUUUGAAAGAUUUCAGCAUACAAGCUCCGGCAGCAGCGUUUGGACUACAAGAUGGAGGAUGUCUACUUCGAAGCUUACCGGGAGAUGUAAUAUUUGACAAUUCAUCUGGCGUUAGCUUUACAUGUGAUUUAAGUGACAAUAUUGCUGCACCCUGGCCCUCGUCAUCUUCAUUUACAUCUCUAUCAUUCUGUGCACCUGAGAUGUCAUUACCAGCAUUACCAAUUUCACAGUCAUUUAAAAACAUUGGUUGUAAUUCUGCUGGACUGGAUUUCCUUCAUAUUAUAUUUUCAUUUUUUGUCAGUACAGUUGUACUGAGAUUUUAGGGUUUUGAAGUGUGUCAGGAAGGCAUUUCAAAGUGUCUGGCAUGGGUUUUGCAUGUAUAUUUUUUAAUGGCCUUGUUGUAUAGCAUCCCCCUCCCCAUCCCCUUUCUAUGGGUCUUCUGCCUGUUUGAUCAUUCUUGAGUUGGUGCUCAUUUUAUUUAGGAUCCGUAGUUGUUCUGUGAAGGGUUCAAUUGUUUUUUGUGAAUGAAAUGAGUCCAAGCAGGGGCAAAAGUUAGCACACUGAAA